UUUAAGCUGAACACGCCGAAACGUUGCUUGGGUCUAACAAAUGUGGAAAAUUUAGCUCAAACAAACGGGACUUGUUUACUUUUAUUGGUAGAAGAAAAAAUACGUCAAAGUCAAUAAGUUCCGGCGCACGGGUGUCAUCUUCCCCCCGCAGAAGCGCUGGCGGAAGCAGGCAGUGAGUUGACCCUCUCGCCGUGCGUCCUCCGCGGCUGUCCCGCACGCCGUAAGCAGCUUGUGGGUCGCGGCCCCGCCCUCUCCCUCCCCUCGCCCCGCAUUAAUAACUGUUGUUGUUGAUCAGUCGCGUGCUCCGCCGCGUGUCACCCCGGGACUGGACCCUCUCUCGGCCCGCCGCGCGCAUGCAGCACAAUGGCUCGGCCGGUUCCCAGUGCUCCGACGGCUCCGACGCCUGCCCCGGGGAGCGUCCGGCUCUGUCCUUCGGCUCGCUGCCCGCCGCCACUGCACGGGUGAGGAGGUUCGUCCAGGAGAGACGGACGCUGCCUCGGCCCAGAGUGAUGGUGGUGUUCUCGGCCGCGGGGGACACCGACAAACCGGGCGAUGCUAUGUCGAGCUCGGACUCCGCGGAGGACGAUUUCCGAAAGCCAGCCCUCAGCGCCGCCAACCUGAACCUGGGCAAGGCUCUGCGCUCCUCGCUCAACGCAUCUCAGGAGUUCCCAGAGGUCAUCCCUUUGAAUGUGGGCGGGACCUACUUCACCACCCGCCUGUCCACGCUGCGCCGCUAUGAGGACACCAUGUUGGCCGCCAUGUUCAGCGGGCGCCAUUACAUCCCACGUGACGCUGAGGGACGAUUCUUCAUCGAUCGUGAUGGAGCGUAUUUUGGGGACAUCCUGAACUUCCUGCGAGAGGGUGAGCUUCCUCAUCGGGACCGAGUGAGGGCGGUGCACCGGGAGGCCCAGUACUACGCGAUCGGACCGCUGCUGGAAAGCUUGGAGGACACUCAGCCACUCACCGGGGAGAAAGUUCGCCAAGCCUUCCUCGAUCUGUUGCCCUACUACAAAGACAAUCUGGAGCGAAUUGUGGAGAUUGCCAAGCUGAGGGCCAUGCAGCGGAAAGCGCGUUUUGCCAAGCUGAAGAUCUGCGUGUACAAGGAGGAGAUGCCCAUCACGCCGUACGAGCGGCCUCUUUUCAACUCUCUGCGCUUCGAGCGCUCGGACGGCGAGGCGAAGCUCUUCGAGCAUCACUGCGAGGUGGACGUUUCCUUCGGCCCCUGGGAGGCGGUGGCGGACGUUUACGACCUGUUGCACUGCAUCGUCAGCGACCUCGCCGACCGCGGCAUCACCGCCGACCAGCAGUGCAUCGGCGUCUGCGACAAGCACCUCAUCAACCACUACUACUGCAAGAGGCCGAUAUACGAGUUCAAGAUCACGUGGUGGUGAAGCCGGAGAGACGGCCUUCGUUUUGUUCCCACUGCUGUGGCUGACAGGACCGCCGAGCACAAUGAGGGAUGGCCCACUUUGACAUGGUUUCCAACAAAGUGGGGUUUUGUAUUUUAAGCUGCUGAUAGCUGAAACGCUCAAAUGUCAUACUGAUAUUUAAUAUCUUUAAAUUAAGCAACUAAAUGCCCAAAAGUACAAGGGUGCAGCAUUUCCCUUGCGGAUUUUAUUCCUUUCAAGAUGGAAACUCUUCUCAAAUAGCAUCUAGACCAUGAUCAGACACCCAGACCUGCUUCUGAAACCACAUUAAUGAAAUUAUAUCCAGAGUUGAGCUCUUCAGCAGGGUUAUCCCCUCACCAGAGGAGUGACAGGGAGACUCUGGGAUACAUUAUUACUCUACAAAAGCAAACAGCAUUAUUAUCUUCUGUUUUUAUUAAAGACCCACUCCUCGAGUUUGGUUAUAUGGAACAACAGCGCCCCCAGAGGCUAAACCUUCAGUACUACAGCCCUCAGUAAUGUAGGAAAGGGCCGAGGCAGCCAGCAGGGCUGUGUCUCCACUUCCAAACCAAAACACCGUUUUUGCACCAUUUGCCUCAAACAUGGGGCCACUCUGAACAAAAAUCGAGGAGUGUCCCUUUAAAGGUCAGAGGUCAUUAUAAAAGUCUAUUUUAGUAUUUGUAAAAAAAAAAAAAAAAAAAAAAAUCAACCCGUAAUUGCUUUAGAUGAUACCGA